AUGGCGCAGGGGCCCGACGCGGCGGCCUCGGCGCCGGCCGGGCCGUCGGGCGACGAGGCGAGCGGGAAGGUGGCGGCCAUGAUCUUGCCCGUGUUGGUGUUGUGGAUGCGCACCGUGAAGGUGACGUCGUCGGGCGCGCGCGAGGCGGAGCACCGUCCGCGGCGGCACGGACACUAUGCCCGAGUCGACGGCGAAGGGGCCGACGGCGGCCGACAUGUUGCCGCAGUUGCUCGAGUAGUCGACCAGGUCGUCGCGCACGCCCAGGGCGGCAAAGGUGAAGUCGACGUCGGCGCCCUCGACCGUGGCGGGGCCGACGACGCAGGCCUUGGACAGGCUCGAGAUGCCGCCGCCCAUGCCGUCCAGCUGCCUGCCGUGCUCCGGGUCCGGGCUGCCGAUGCAGGCGCGGAAGAUGGGCGCCCAGGCGGCCCGGUCCGGUGGGAGGUCGGCCUGGCUGAACAUGACGGCCCGCGACGUGCCGCCCCGGUAGUAGGAUGCCUUGGUGCUUCUUUGGGGGCCGCGGGCGGCUGUGUUGGUGCUGCUGCUGCUGCCGGCGCGGCGGCUCCCCGUCGUUGCCAUGGAGGGCGAUAUCAGCGAUCUAUGGAGCGCUGUCGACGCUCUCUGUGCUAGGCCUGCUGCUCGACCCAAUUGUUCAUCUUAGUCGGGAUUGGCCUAGCUCGAGAUCCCAUAUGGGGUGGAUCAGCAUAGGGUAAGGAGACGGCAAGAGGAGGGUGUUGUCCGACCUCUUAUAAAAUCAGGUGCCGCUACGCUAAUUUGACGCCUGCACGGCCCUCCGGGGGCAACCGUCAAAUUGCCCUAAUUUUAAUUUUAGAUGUUUAAGGCAAAAGAAUAGAGUAACAGUGCUUUUUUGGUGUUUUAACUCGUUCUUCGGACAAUACAAAAAAGCACUGAAGGCGUUAGCGAAGCUUUA